CUCGGUGCGUUGCCUUGGAGACGAGCUGGGCAAAACUAAACCCGCUACGGGGAACGGAGCUGACACUACCUCUCCGCUAAAACCGAUAUGGCCCCGGCGUGAUCGCGGGGCGACUAACCUGGAGAGGAUGGGAGGAGCAGCUCCAGAGAGCGAAGAGGAGGCCGGGGUUUCUUCGAAAACCCGACCCUGAGGAUCUCUCUACGCGAGGAAGGACCAUUGCUAUGGAAACCAGAGCGUGUGGAUCCCGGAUAGUGACCGGUCUUCUUUCUCCCCAAGACCCUCGCCCACAUCGGGCGAGGUUGCUUUUUGAACGAACCUGCUCUCCUGCCCACGAGAGAGAGUUUCCCACGGCACAGCCUAGCAGAAAGAUGCAGCCUUUGUGCCUCCUUGGACGCUGACCCACUAGCCUGAUGACAGCGCCCCCGUGUACCUUUCUGGUUCAGUUCCGGCAGCCCUCGGUCAGCGGCCUCUCACAGAUCACCAGCAGCCUAUAUAUCAGCAAUGCGGUGGCUGCCAACAACAAGCUCCUGCUCUCCAGCAACCAGAUCACCACGGUCAUCAACGUCUCAGUAGAGGUGGUGAACACUUUAUACGAGGACAUCCAGUAUGUACAGGUGCCUGUGGCUGACACACCCAUCGCACGUCUCUGUGACUUCUUUGACCCCAUUGCUGACCACAUCCACAGCGUGGAGUUGAGGCAGGGCCGCACACUGCUGCACUGCGCUGCUGGCGUGAGCCGCUCAGCUGCCCUCUGCCUUGCCUACCUCAUGAAGUACCAUGCCAUGUCCCUGCUGGAUGCCCACACAUGGACCAAGUCAUGCCGGCCCAUCAUCCGGCCCAACAGUGGCUUUUGGGAGCAGCUCAUCCACUAUGAGUUUCAGCUGUUUGGCAAGAACACCGUGCACAUGGUCAGCUCCCCAAUGGGAGUGAUCCCUGACAUCUACGAGAAGGAAGUCCGUUUGAUGAUUCCACUGUGAGCCGUCUCACCAGCCCCUAUGCUCAGGUCAGAGGUGCAGAUCUGCUGUUGACCGAGAUCUUAAUUUAAACAUCUUGUUGUCGAUACACAAAAAACACAUGAUGCCUUUUAUAAGGGCCAGAAAAUAAAGGAAAGGUGCUGUAGCUUUUAA